AUGCCGCCUAAAAAGAAAAAUACAGCUUCAAAAUCUAAUCAAAUUCAACCCGAGAGUAAUGUUGAAGACGUUACUUCGACUACUGCUCCUUCCCAAGAAGAAUCAAUACCAAAGAAAAAGGCUACAAGGAAACCUAGGACCACUAAAAAGAGAGAGCUUGUUUCACAAGAGGGUAUUAUAGAGCCUAAUAAUUCUUCUACUAUAAAUACUCAACUAAAAGAGGAAACAAUUCUCGUAAAAAAAAAACCUGGAAGAAAACCUAAAGCUACUAAACAACAAGAAGUUGUUACUAUAAAAGAGGAACCUUUUGAACAACAGCAACAAUUUAUUACGACUCCUUCUACUUCCGUUCCUCAGCAACAGCUAUUAUUUAUUAAUGCAACUCCUGAAGAACCGGUCAAGAAGAAACCUGGAAGGAAACCUAAAGUAAAGAAACAGGAGGAGGACCAAAAAAACCAACUACCUCCACCUUCAGAAAAGAAUAUUGUAAAUAUUCAACCAACACCGGGUAGUUUUCCUCCUCACGGUUUUAAAAGUGAGGUACAAUCCGAAUCACAUAAUAGCAAUAAUAAUAAUACUUUUCCCCCUGCCGCGUUGUCUCCUGAAGUUCAACCAAAUAUCGCUCCAAUUCCCGCUCCUUCUCCUGCUGCUACACACAGUAAACGAGGGCGACCUAGAAAAGUCAAAUCUCUCGAAGCUGGUCCACAAACUGUUAAUGCGGAUGCUACAACUGUUGUUGCAGAAACCAAAGUGGCUCCGACUAGAAAGAGAAAAUCAAAAAAACAAGAAGCUUCAGCUGAUUUAAAUCAAGCAUCGGAGAUCGUUGCAAAUUCGUCAUCUCAAGAACAAAUAAUUUCACAACAACGACAAGAAGAAGAGGAGGUUGAACAAUCGAUAGUUCCUGCUAAAAUAGCUAACCCCGUUAAAAAGAGGAGAACUAAAAAACAGGAUGCUGCCGUUGUUUCUACUACACAAAUAGAAUCAGCUACUGGACAAAUACCAGUACAAGAUGACCAACAGCCACCUGUUAAAGCUAUUAAGAGGGGUAGACCGAAGAAAAUAAAACCAGAUUCAACUGUAGUUGAGAAAUCAUCUAAUAACGACGAAGUUGUUGUCAUAAAAAUGGAGGAUUUGGAAUCUGGUCCCGUGAUAGAGUCUUCGGAGCAUCAGAAAUCUAAUAUUCUUACAAAAACAAGUAUAGGUCCAAAAAAUUCAUCUGUUGUACUAAAUCAAUAUGAAAAUCCCGAAAAUCAAGAACGAAAGAAACUAUCUGAUUCUAUAAAUCCACACACAGUUGAUAAGGAUGAUGUUAAAAUGACUGAUGCUUCCGAUGAUAUUCCUCAAGCUCAAGAAUUACUAGUACAAAAACCGGAUGUUUCAAUGGAAGAUAUACAAAAUAAGGAUUUGACUGUUAUUAACGAACAAAGUAUUAAGAAAAAACGUUCUUUAGAUAAUGAUGAUUAUGAAGAUGAGAACGGUGAAUCAAAUAAAUCAUCUCGAAUCGAGGAAGUUAAAGCUAAAAUGGAAAAAUUUAAAAAACUUCGAAGUCGAUUGGAUGAAGGAGAAUCUGCUAAUCGCAAAGAAGUUUUUGAAGAGCAUCAACGUAAGAAAACUAAUCCUAAAGAGAUUAUCAAACAAGAAAGAAAACGGGAAGAAGCUGAAAAAUUGUUGGCUAAACAACAAGCUGAAGAGAGAGGAGAGGAUUAUGAAAGGUCGAAAUUUUGGGAAUAUUCUGCUGAGUCAGUUGAAAAAUGGGAAAAGAAACAAGAAAAGAAAGCAAAAAAAUCGGAUGUUGCAUUUACCGAUUAUAACCAAGUAGCACAUAAGAAAUAUAAGAGACAAAUUAAUGAAUUAAAGCCAGAUCUAUUAACAUAUAAGGAACAAAAAGCAGCAGCAGUGGCAUCAUCAAGUUUAAUUACAACAGAAGAUGGACAAAUUGUAUCAGUAGAUACGGAAUCGAAUUUUUAUAGAGAUGCAAAUUCUUUACAGUAUGCUAGCGUAGAUAAUCAACCAAAUCGUGAAGCUAUUGAUAAAGUUGUUGCGGAUGUUAACAAAACAAUUGCUAAGCGGGAGAAAUCUUCUAGGAAAAAACCUGUCAAUGAGGAUGAUGAUAUUACUUAUAUUAAUGAGCGCAACAGAAGAUUUAAUGAAAAAAUUGGUAGAUUUUAUGAUAAAUAUACUAAAGAAAUUAAAGAAAAUUUCGAACGUGGUACCGC